AUGACUCGCGCCUCUCUUCAGAUUCAAGAUAACGCUUUGACAUUGGACGAUGCUGAGGAUGAACUCUUCAAGACACUGUUUGCUGGUUACAACAAGUGGUCCAGGCCUGUGCCAAACAUCUCAGACGUGGUCAUUGUCAAAUUUGGGCUUUCUAUUGCUCAGCUUAUCGAUGUGGAUGAAAAGAACCAAAUGAUGACCACCAAUGUGUGGCUUAAGCAGGAGUGGAACGACUACAAACUUCGCUGGAGACCAUCUGACUACGACAAUGUGACAUCCAUAAGAGUGCCAUCAGAGCUGAUCUGGGUCCCGGACAUAGUCCUCUACAACAAUGCUGAUGGGGAGUUUGCAGUGACCCAUAUGACCAAAGCUCAUCUCUUCUACACGGGCAAAGUGCGCUGGGUUCCUCCUGCCAUCUACAAGAGCUCCUGCAGUAUCGACGUCACGUUCUUCCCUUUCGAUCAGCAGAACUGUAAAAUGAAGUUUGGCUCCUGGACCUAUGACAAAGCCAAGAUCGACCUGGAGAAGAUUGAAAACACGGUGGACCUUAACAACUACUGGGAGAGUGGAGAAUGGGCAAUCAUCAAUGCUGUUGGGACAUACAAUACAAAGAAAUACGACUGCUGCCAUGAGAUUUACCCCGAUAUCACCUAUUUCUUUAUCAUCCGGAGGCUUCCACUGUUUUACACAAUCAACCUCAUCAUCCCAUGCCUCUUGAUAUCCUGUCUGACAGUGCUCGUUUUCUAUCUCCCAUCAGAUUGUGGCGAAAAGAUUACCCUCUGCAUAUCAGUCCUGCUGUCUCUCACUGUUUUCCUGCUACUUAUCACAGAAAUAAUCCCUUCCACAUCUUUAGUCAUACCACUUAUAGGCGAGUACCUCCUUUUCACUAUGAUUUUCGUCACCUUGUCCAUAGUAAUAACCGUAUUUGUACUCAACGUGCAUCAUCGCUCCCCAAGCACCCACAAGAUGCCCCGAUGGGUCCACUCUGUGUUUUUGGACCUGAUCCCACGCUGGCUGUUCAUGCGAAGGCCCGCUCCAGAUGGCAGAAGGCGCAGGCUGCUACUUCUCCAGCAGGAGGCAGCGGCAGAGAGGAAGCAAUGUAGGAUAACUGGGUACAAGUCGGGCAAUUGUCUAAGCACAUCUGCAAACUGGCUGAGGGAUGAUUCGAAAGAAGAGAGGAGCUCCUAUGAAGAUUUAGAGUUGGGGACUUUGACAUCGUAUUUCUCUUUUAGACCACCUUCACCAAGGCCGAUAGGGUCAACACCACCAACACAACAGACAAAUACACCAAAAAGACAGGACACAGCCGGAGGGGUUAAUAAACAGGUGGUAAAUACUCGAGUUAAUACGACACAGAGAUCUAAAGUGGACAAUGCCCCUUCAGAAUCCACUCUAACGCUGUCUCCAAGUGUCAUCAGGGCCCUGGAGGGUGUGCACUACAUCGCAGAUCACUUGAGAGCGGAGGAUGCGGACUUCAGUGUCAAAGAAGACUGGAAGUAUGUCGCCAUGGUGAUCGACCGCAUAUUCUUGUGGAUGUUCAUUAUCGUGUGUCUGCUUGGAACAAUCGGCCUCUUCCUUCCCCCGUGGCUCGCUGGCAUGAUCUAG